GGAAUACCAUGGAGUUCAUAAGUAAUAUUGAAGAUGUUAAAAGGACCAUUAUUGAAAACACCGAGUUUAUAAAGUCGUUGGAAAACUGUUGCGAUGACAGUUUCCACAGCCAAAUACAAAAAGUGAUCAAUGAUACAUUGAAGGAGCGCUUGGAGGUAGGCGAACGUCUAAUUGCCAUGAAGGCCAAGCAGAAACGCAUCGAUGCUGUAUUACAACAAGCAUUAGCUGAAACCGAUAUAGUGGAAGACUUAAACAAGCAGUGCUUACAAUCAUUUGAAAACGAAGAGAAAAAGCGCAUCAAUGUUAAAAUAACCUCAGAGUACAAACAGUUUAAACGGGAACUGGAAGCCGUUAAUGCUGACUCGGAUGCCAGAAACGCGGAUGAUGAGGAUGUGGCCGAAGUCCUGCAACCCGGUGGCAUGGUGGUCUCAAUGCAUGACCCCUGGUCCAAGGCACUUAUGUUGAAUGCAGUGCGCAACAUUAAUUGCGGUCAUCACUAUGACCAUGAUUCAGUGCAGGCUAUUAUAAAAGACAACAUGGGUAUACGCUGUCCAGUAGUAGGAUGCGCAAGCAAAUCUUAUAUACAGCCGCAUCAUCUGGAACCCGAUAUGGCUUUGCGUGCGAAAAUUAGAGCCUAUAAAGCUGAACAGGACUUUGCGGAAACAUUGUCAGAUGGAGAAAAUUAAAAAGCAAACAUGCCUAGAAAUCCAUUAACAAUCCAAUAUACAGGUUUUGGCAUGAAAAUGAUAUUAAAUAUAAUAUAUUAGAAGACCGUAACACAUAAGUGUGCAUUAAUAAA